AUGGACUACUCGACAGAGCACAUCGCCAAUGCUUACCAGUCGAAGCGACUCGAGUAUGUCCGAGCCGACAAGACCGAUGAGAACUUUAAAAAGAUUGCUCUCAUCAUCCUCCAAGAUCCUGUCAUCCAGGCCCUCUCAGCACCCACCAUGCUCUUGCCAAAGGGGCCCAAGGAGGUCGACUCAUACAUAGACUCGGUUGUCAACUCUUUGCUCGGUGUCGCGAUAUAUCUCAGAGGUGAUGUCGGCGACGACAAGACAGAAGACAAAGACAAGAAGCCCCCGACUAUCAUUGGCGUCAUGUGCAUCGGCUGGGGAGGCAUCUCACCCACCGUUGCCCAUCAUCGAACUGCCGAGAUUGGUAUCUCUCUUGUCAAAGAGCAUCAAGGCAAGGGCUACGGAAGAGAAGCCAUCAACUGGAUGGUAGACUGGGGCUUCCGACACGCUGGUCUGCAUACAAUCGGCAUGACUACUACCGAUUAUAACCCUCGAGGAGUCUAUCUUUACGAGAGUAUUGGUUUCAAGCUGGAAGGCAGAAGGCGGCAGACAGUUUGGAUGAAUCGCAAGUGGUACGAUCUGAUCGAGUUUGGAAUGACGGAAGAGGAAUGGGAAUCACUUCGGGGUCUUGAUACGAAACAAACGUAA